GAAAGGUUCGACAAGCCGUGYAUAUUUUGUAGCAUUUGCCGUCAGGCGAUGGACUUUCUUGUCGAAAAUUGUGUGAAAAAUCAAGCCGAAAUGCCCUGAACUGACAUUGUAGACACUGCUAGGUCAUGUUGAAAGGUGCUUCUAUCCCAGAGAGGCUUUUAUGGGGACGAAUGUGAGCAAACUAGAAGGCAGAUUYGCGAGGAACAUUAGUAUAUAGGUAGAAUUUCUCCUUAAGAGAUAUGAAGCCUGCACACACACAAUUUAGGGACCAAGUGAGUGCUUUGGUGAACUGGUUUUCCAAUUGGAAUGAGUGUGAACAAACUAUAGCUCUUUACACUCUGUUAAAAAGAAUUUCAAAUACACAAGCAAGGUUUUUGUCUUUAAUCUUGGAGCACACAUUUCGGGACGACCCUGUCGAGAUCCAACUCCUCCAAAAAGAAGCUAAUGACAAAGAAUUUCUAAAGAACCUGUGCAAAGAGAGUAAAGUUGUUGCUGUGCAACAACUUCUAGCUCAUCUACCCCUGCUGGCACCAGGGAACGACGAGGCACGCUAUGAAUACCUCCAAUUAUUACCAAAAAUCUUGACGCAUUCAGUCCAAAACUCUGUCCACCAAGAUGAGUGUAUGCAACUGUUAUCCUUAGCUCUUGUCCAUCCUGCUUUUCCACCGGAAGAGAGAAACUCUUUACUGUGCUGGCUCAGUCACUUGGAAAAGGCGCUGGGGAUCAAGGAAAGACAAAACUCUGGGCCACCCAGGCUGCAAACAACCGACAGCACAGAACAUGAAAAGAACUUGGUGCGACAUAAUUACAUGCAAGGGAGGAUGAAUGGGUGGAGAAAUCAGCAGCUGGUCCACAGGGAUUCUGGGAUUGGAACUUCAUUUGAUCAGUCCACGUUUGGGAGUUAUGGUAGUAUGGGGUCAUCUCUCUCGUCGAUGAUGAAGAAAAGCAGGUCAAACUCCCUCACCCCUCCCCCGCCAGUCGAGGAACAAGAUUCAGUGCUGGUGGAAGACUUUCCUGAAUGUCUUCAGGUUGAGACCCGUCCGGGCAGGUCCCAGUCGUUUCCAGUGGAUCCUCAAAAUUUUAAUCACCAGCUGUCCCCCCAGUCAUCCACUGAAAGUGAACAAGAUGACCCCAAUAUAAGACUGAGAGGAACUAGUUUCAAUGAGGAAGCAAAGCCAGGAAUGAGGGAUGUACCAGGAUGGCUAAAGACUUUAAGACUUCACAAGUAUGGAAGUUUGUUCUCUCAGCUGUCUUACGAAGAAAUGCUGGAUUUAGACGAGAAUCAUUUAGAAGCUAAAGGAGUCACCAAAGGAGCAAGAAACAAAAUACUGCUGAGUAUUAAAAAACUAAAAGAAAGAUGUGAAACACUCCAAAAACUAGAAAAGGAAGUACUUCAAACUGGCAAACUACAGAAUGUGUUAACAGAGUUACGGAAUAUUGUAAAUACUCCAAUAAAACCUUUCAACCCACCUCCUGGGAUACCAACAACUAUGGCUGGCGGCUCUGAUGUGGCUGGAGCAGUGAUAGACCAACAAGGGGCUACUGUGAACCUCCCACUACACCCAGAAGAUCUGCCGGCAUGGAUUACUAGAGUAAUGGGGAAAGCAUGCACACAAAUCAUAGUGUCAAGAGCUGAUGAAGAGUAUUGUACACUUUAUCUCCAGCUUCUUGAAAGAACACUUAAUUGUGAGGCAUUUACUCCAACGCAAAAGCGACGUCUUCAGUCCUGGAAACAACAGUGUCAGAAACUUGCAAGACAACAGCAAUUUGCACGAAGACCGAGUUCACAAGAAAAAUCAAAGGGUUGGUAUUACCCAUAUCUAUCCAAUCCACCUAUUGAUCACAACAGUCUUUGCCCUCCUGCUGGCCCAGGGGGUAUGCCUAAGCGUCAGCGAGGUUCUCCACGUACUCUAAAUAAAGGCACUCCUGCUGGACAGUUGAGAAGUAACAGUACAGAAACACAACCAAGCAGUGGAAAGGCAAGACUGGUAAGGUCACAUGCCAUUAUCGGCAGAACCAAAUCAUUACCAGUCCGACAUACUGUCUCUCAAAGUUCACUACAACAGCAAAAUUCGGCAGAUAUUGAAGGUAUUGACAACAGUCUGGAGUCACUGGCUAUAAGAGUGUCAGAACAAGCCCUUUCAGAUAAUCCUGGUGAUGAAGCCUGAUCAAGAUCUGUCCAAGAUAUAUCCCUGUACGUGUGUUUAAGGUGCAACCAAGUUGCUGUUUCAUUAAAUAACAUAGCAAUGUAUAAAGCUGCUUUUACAGAAGUCUUUCAAAUCCAAAGAGGUUUCUAGCAGGAGAACAGUGUACAUUGAAGUCCGUCGUCAACAUACCAUCUGUAUCACCACACUCACCAAGUACUCCUCUGGCUGGACUAUCGAGUUCUAAAAUCUCUGUUUGACCAUUCUGGAUGCAAGGAUAAUGUAACAUAACUGGUAAAACCUGUUAAUUGGUAUUAAUUUAAAGUUACAAACUAUAUAGUCACACUUCUCCCCUUCCUACCCCCCACACAAUCCGAUAAUUCUCAUGGAUGCUUAUUACUCUGCGACCAUGUCGAGUGACUUGGUUUCUUGGCAGGAGGUGCAAGAGGUGUGACCAUCAUAACUUACUUGCUAGCUUCGUACCUUCGUAUAUGAACCCAUUGGGUCUUGUCGUUCAUAAGACACCUUCAUUGAACCCAAACUGGUGUUUUUGAAUUUGUAACUUAGUUAACUGUUCUUACUAGAAUGUGUAGUUCCAGAAAAUAUCUAUACCAACACCACAGAGGGACUUAGUGAAAAGACCCCAUAACUACAGCAACUUCAAAUUUUCUUCCAUACAAACUCUGUUAUUUUGUUCUUUCUCUAACCCCCUCCCCUCCAGGGUCUCCAAUUUCCUCUGUGGGUGGGGGUACGGAUAUUUUCUGACCCUAUAUAAUACAAUAUAUAUUGGUGGCAUAGAGUGAUCCGAUUGAACCAGUAAAAUAUAAUCUACUUGGCCUGUGAAAAAAAUAAUAUUCAUAGCAGUAGGAAACCAGUAGUAGACAGUAAUUUCAUCGUUUUCUCUUGUUUUACUUGGACUGUUAGUCAUUAAUUAUACCAAUUUCUUUCACAGGGCAAGUAAAAUCACUCUAGACAUUUUCUUAAAGCCAACAGAAAACAACCGAAUCGAUAUCUAAUAUCUAGUAUAUAUUGAGAGUGAUUGUGUAGUUCCAAAAAUUAUCCGUACCCCCUCAUGGAGGAAUUUUUUUAAGACACCCCCCUACCCCCAGUAAAUUCCAAUUUUCUUCCAUACAAACUCUGUAAUUUUUGUUCUUUAUCUGACUCCCCUACUCUUCGAAAUUCCAAAUUCCUCUGUGGGGUGGGGUGCGUAUGGAUGAUUUUUGGAACUACACAUUUUACUAAACCUGUGAAACAAAUAACUUAACUUUAACUUCAAGUAUACCAAAAGAAAAGAAUGGAAAUGAGACCUAAAAACCUAUAUUAGUUUACAACCUAUUUCACGGAUCAAACAGAACUAGAUUAGAUCUAUGAACGUCUAUUUGUCUACUUAAACUAUUUCACAUUUUAAGUAAAACCACUCUAUGAAACCAAAACUAGAUUUUCUUGAAGUAGAUUUUACAUAUUGGAUAAACAUUACCCUCUGGCCUGUGUAGUGUGYAGUGCAGAAGCAUUCUAAUUGCCUAAGCAUGUCUCUGCUUUUUGAUUGGUUAAGACAAGAAGUCAUUUGAGAGCAACAAUAUCCUGAAUGUCUUUCAUACAAGAAACACUGUUUUAUCUAGUACUAAAAGACAAUAUCCACAUCUUAUUCUGUUUAUAUUUUAAUGAAAGAUUCUUAUAACUAGUUUGAAUGUUUCAUGCGAUAAACAUACACCAGCUCCAGUAUCAUGCUUCGAUUAUACGAAAAAUGUAUCAAUCGACUGAUAUAUUGCAUUUAUAUCACGGCAAAUUGAAGUAUAGUUUACACGUCUAUUGUCCGAAGACUUUUGAUUUUUUAAUAUUUCAUAAGUUUGAAAAUCUUUUUUUUUUCCAUUGCGUUAGCCGUUAAUCUUAUGAGUAGUAUUUAAAGACAAUGUUUGAGGCGAUCCAGUGCGUUUAGGAGUUAAUUUUGAACUAAAUUUAUAUAAAGAUAUUUUACGUAAGGAAUAUCCAACUUUCUAGGUUUUAUUUGCUGCUGUACCCGGAGUAGAUUAUUGAUAAUCAAGACCAUAUCCACCAUUUGGACGACAAUGUUCCAGUUUUAAAGAGUGGUCCAUUUUUCUCAUUUUUUUCUCCUGAGCAUCUAAUGGUGGAUAAGACCUUGAUAAUGCAAGUAAAGCUGAAGAAUCGUUUUAUAAUGAUUUCACUUGGAAAAAACUAGAAGUUACUAUAAGUGGGGAAAAAAAAAAAAAAAACAAAGCUAGAAUUUCUCUAUCCAUUUUUCUAGGUGAUAAUUAGUGAUAAAAAUGAUCUUUUUUCUGGACGAAAAUAGGUUUCGUUUGUCCAUUUCAUACGUGUUGAAUGCCAGUUGCACAGUACAUGCAUAGGCAAUUUUGUGAGAUAGUGAACAUGAUGCAUGAUGGUCUAGCUUGGGUAUGAAUGCCUUGUGUUAAUGCUAAAGCUAGUCCACAAUACACUCUGCUCGCAAAUCAGAAAGAGCCUUUGUCCACAUGUACACAAACUGGCAAUAGCUUUUAUUGAAAGUCAUAAGCCGUCUUAUUUAUAGAUAAAGUAUAUUUACCAAUGAAAUCAUUAUAGAAUAAGAUAAAUUAACACGYAUUUCAUUUGCACUGAUCACACAUGACUUCAGUGGCAGUACAAUUGGAAUGGUUUUCAAGUAUUGUAUAUCCAGGUUAGAUGAUGGUUUGUCGUGCUUUAAUCGUUAGCUACAAAUAAUGAUAAUAUUCACAAGUUGUUGCACUCUCUUCACGUAGACCAUCAUUUUAUUUAGUUAAAACAAAAAAGAAAUAUUUUGUAGGAUCUUGUAUGAGUUCAAGGUUAAUGUUACAUACGGUAAUAAUUCCAURGUAAAACGACCAUUGCAUUUGAUGCUCACCCCAGACCUGUUGCUUACUGAAGAGCUCACAUAACGAAAAAGUCUUCAAAGUCCAGUGUUAUUUUUUUACUUUUUUUCUCAAACUUUUCUCACUCUGUCCAUCUUAAGUUACUUUUUUACGCAAAAAAAACCUUUAAUUUCAUUUUUAUAAGCGACCCCUGUAAGGUUUCGCCAAAUUCUUUCAAAUACAAUGGUCAAAGAACRUUUUCGUAGAGUUUAAAAAUGCAAAAAUAUAGAUGAGAAAAACUUUAUUUAUGCCAGGAAAAUCUCCUGUGAUCUUGACUUUGUAAUAUAUCUGCGUCUUCAAAGACUGCAUUAGAUGUUGUUGUUAUAUAUUGCAAGUGCACGCAUAGCUGUGCCCAUGCAGGAAAGUAUACUGAUAAAACCAUAACGAAAAUCCUGAAUAAAAGGAUUAAAAUGAA